UUGACAACAGUUGACAACGAGUCUAUUCCGUUUAAAGGUUUUGAGAGUGUAAAAAAUUUACGUGGCUUGUUCUGAUCUUUUUGUAAACCUGACGAGCUCUUUGCUAUUAUAGUACAUGAUAGCAUGUCACAUUGGGUUGGGGGCCCGGCCCGGUUCAAUAGAUCCAACCGGGCAUCGAAUUUUGGCCCGAAAAAGACUCAACGGCCUAUUCACUACUAUUCAAUUAAUUUGUACAAUUGAGUAUUAUAUUAGAAGAUCCAAAACUUGUAAAUGUUCACAUUUAUCAAAUUUAUUACUACAUACCUAUUUUUCAGAAGCAAAUAUGAAUUCUCCGGAAUAUUCAGAAGAAUCUUUGCCUAAAAAGAAAGCCAAAAACGAUUACUUUGAUAAUUUACAACCGAUUUCAUCAAAUCCUCACAAUUUUAAUCAAAUAAAUUUAACAGAAAAUUUGCUUACUAAACCGGGUUUUUACUAA